AUGGCGUCCGCGGAGGAACUAAAGGCGGAAAACACCCGCCUUCAAGCGGAGAUGCAGUCCAUGAAAAAGAAGAUUGUUUUAGCUCUCAAAAAGCAGCAGGCGGAGCUUCAAUCUAAAGUCCAAGAGGCCGAACGAGUCCGGGACGAGGCUUUAAAGCGAGCCGAAGCCGCGGAAUCAGGAGCUUCUAACGGAGAUGCAUCUAAAGGAGCGGAUCCGGCGGCGCUGCAGCAGCUGCAGGACCAACUGAAUGCGUCUCAGCAGGAACUGAAAAUGCUAAGAGAAGAGUACGUGGUUGCGAGCGAGAAGCUCAAGGCUGCUGAAGACCAGGCCAGAUCAGCGGAGGAGGAGAGAAAGAAAGCCAUGGAUGACGCAAAUGCGGCUCAGAAGAGCCUUCGCGCGUCGAAAGAGGAGGUCCAGAUGGUCCGCGAGCAAUGGACGGCGGCGCAAGGCGCGCUGAUGACAACUCAGGAGGAGCUUAGCGGUCUGCAGGAGCAGCUGCGGAAAGCGCAGGGGGAGGCGCGGGAGGCGCAGGAAGGGCGCGCGGCGGCGCAGCAGGCGCUGCAGGCGCUGGGGGAGCGGGUGAAGGCGGCAGAGGCGGAGAAGCGGAGCGAUCAGGCGGAUCAGCGGCGCGCGCAGGAGGUGGUGGUGCGCGCGGAGCAGCAGCUGAAAGCCGCGCAGGCGGAGCGGGAGAGCGCGAUGGAGGCGCUAAACGCUGCGCGGAGAGAGCUGGAGGGUUCUCGGGCAGACGGGGAAAAGAUGGCCGGGCAGCUGAAAGCAAUUCAGGUGGAGCUGGAAGCUUCGAAGGAAGAUGGGAGCAAGCUGCAGGCGCUGGUGGCGGAAUUGCAGAGGAAGCUUCCUGCGGUGGAGCAAGAGAGGGAAGUGCUGAGGGGGGAUAAGGAGAAGUUGGAAUCGGAGAUUAAAGCGCUAAGGGAUGAGCUCGAGGGUUUGAGACACGGCAAGGAAGCUUCGCUGGAAGAGCUGCGUGCGCAAGUCGAAACUUCCAGGAAGGAGCUGGGGGAAGUCAAAGCGGAGCUGGAGAAGGCGAAGGAGGAGGCUGGAAAGGCUCAGUGUGAGGCGACGAACAAGGGCGCGCAGGUAGAGGAGUUGCUUCAGGCGCAGGCGGCGCUUCAGGGGGAUAUUGAGAAGGCCAAGACGGAGGCAGCAGAAGCGCGGGAGGAGGUUGGAAAGGCUCAGUGCGAGGCGACGAACAAGGGCGCGCAGGUAGAGGAGCUGCUUCAGGCGCAGGCGGCGCUUCAGGGGGAGAUUGAGAAGGCCAAGGCAGCGGCAGCAGAGGCGCAGGAAGAACUGGGGAAGGUGCGAUGCGAGGCGACGAACAAGGGCGCGCAGGUGGAGGAGCUGCUUCAGGCGCAGGCGGCCCUUCAGGGGGAAAUUGAGAAGGCCAAGGCGGCGGCAGCAGAGGCGCAGGAAGAACUGGGUAAAAUGCGAUGUGAGGCAACGAACAAGGGCGCGCAGGCAGAGGAGCUGCUUCAGGCGCAGGCGGCGCUGACAGGGCAGGUGGAAGAGGCGAAGGCCGCAGCAGCUAAAGCAGCUGCGGCGGCAGCAGAUGCAGAGGCGGCUCUUCAAGCGCAGCUGGCAGAAGCGAAGAAAGAAGUUGCCAGCCUUACCUCACAGCUGAAGGGCAUGCGAGGGGCCAUGGAUCACGUGCAGAAGGCUGCUUCGGAGACAGAGGAGAGCAUCCAGAAAGAGCUGGCAGAUCUCGCCGCCAAGUCAGAUUCCCUCAAAGACCAGCUGGCAGCCGCGCAGGCUGAGCUGGCAUCAGCCAAAUCCUCGCUGGAAAAGGAGAUUCAUUCGAGAGAGGCAGCGCAGAGAGAAGCAGAGGAGGCUCGAGCGGCGUUGGACUCUUUCCAGGAAAGUGCCGGGAAGGAGCAGCAGCAAGCUGGGGAGCUGUGGCAGCAGCUUCUAGACACGCGGAAGCAGGUUGCAGCAGAGACGGAUAGGGCUGAUGGGAGCGAGAAAGAGGCGGAGGGAUUGAGGAAGAGGGUUGAGGGGUUGGAGAGGGCGGUUGAGGAGAAGGAGAAGGAAGGGGAGGCUGUGAGGGGGGAACUGGAGGGAGUGAGGGGGAGGUUAGGGGAGGUGGAGGGGAGGGUGAAGGAGUUGGGGGAGGACGUUGCUGCAAAGGAUGAGGAGGUGGGUGGGCUGAGGAGGGAGUUGGAAGCUGCGUUGAAGGCAGCUGAGGAGGCGAAGGAGGAGGGUGAAAAGGUAAGGAAAGUGGCUGAGGAGCUAAAGAAGGAGAUGUAUGUCGUUGUAGGGACGAAGGAGGCGGAGAUUAAAGCCAAGGAGGAGGAGAUUCAGGGGCUAAAGGAGAAGCUGGAGCAAGCGGUAGCAGAGAAGGGAUCAGGAGAGGCGGAGGCUGCUAAGAUGGGCGAAGACAGGAAGGCGUUAGAGGGCCGGGUGGCGGAGCUUCAAGGGGAGCUUGAGAAGGCGAAAGCGGAGGUGGAGAGCGGUAAAGAGGAGUUGGAGAGGGUUAAAGGGGAAGCAGAGAAAGCACAAGGGGAGGCAGAGAGUGUUAAAGUGGAACUCGAGAGGGUGAAAGAGGAGGAAGAGAGAGCGAAAGGGGAGGUGGAAAAGGGUGUGGUUGAAGUGGAGGAGGCGAGAGGCGCGCUUAAGACAGCAGAGGAGAGGGUGAAAGAAUUGGAGGUGAACGAGGGAGAGUGGGAGGGGCGAGAGGCUGAGUUGAGGAAGAAACUGGAAGCAGCAGAGGCGGAGUUAGCUGCUGCUAAGGCUGAAGCCGCAGCAGCAGGGGCAGAGGCGGCAGGAGCAGCGGCAGCAGGGGCUGUGGCAGGAGAGGCCCGAGUGGGAGAGCUGGAAGAGGCGUUGAAAGCGGUGAAGAGGGAGAAGGAGCGGUUGGAGGAGGAGUUGGAGGAGGCGUUGGGGAAGGUGAGGGAAGCGGAGAGGAAGAGCGAGCAGGUACAGGCAGAGAUCAAAGCAGAGCUGCAGGGGAUGAGGGAGAAGAGCGUAAAGGAGGGCGCAGAGAGGGCGGAUGGGGAGAAGAGAGUAACUGAGCUUACUGCUGAGUUGGAAGGGGUGAGAGCAAGGGUAGAAGCAGCAGAGCUAGAGGCAGGGAGGAUGAGGGAGGAGGCGGAGAGGGGGAGGGAACAGCUGGCAAUGUCGGGCGGUGCGCAGGCUGAGGAGCUGGCGAAGGUGAAUGCUGAGCUGGCGACGGCAAACGCUGAGCUGGCGCGGGUGUCGGGUGAGCUGGCGCAGGCUGCAGCUGCCCGUGUGGCGGCGGAGGAGGCGGCUGCCAGAGUGGCGGGCGCUGCAGGGGAGGCGAUGGGGAAGGCUGAGUCAGCAGAGAGUGAGCUGGCGACAGUGCGCAGCAAGCUGGAGGCAGAGGUGAAGGCAGCGGAGGACAAGUAUGCGGAGCUGGACAGCAAGUUCAACCGCCUGCAGAAGCGCGCCAAGCAGAGAAUCCAGGAAGUGACCAAGGAGAAGGAGGAGGCAGAGAGGAAGCUGGCAGAGGAAAGGAAGCAACAGGCGGCGCUGCAGGAGGAUCUGGAGAGAGCCAAGGGGGUGGCUGCAGAGGCGCAGCGGACGGCCGAGAAGGACAAGGAUCAGCUGAGGAAGACCAACGCGUCGCUCAAAGAAGAAGUGGACGAGCUGAGGCGGGCCUUGGAACUGAAGGAGCAUAACCUGAAGGAGUCGCGGAGGCUGGCAGCGGGCAAGGAGCAGGCGUGGCUGGAGCUGUCGAGCUCAGCGCAGGAGGAGCGGGAGCGCAUGGCGGGGGCUGUGAAGGAGGUGGAGGAGCGGAUGGAGCGGAUGGGGAAGGAGCAGGAGGCGCGGGCGGCUGAGCUGCAGAGGGAGUUGAACAAGGCACUGGAGAGCAGCAGUGCGCUGCAGGUCCAGCUGUCGCAGAAGGAGCGCCAGCUGGCGGAAGUAGAGGCGGCUACGUCAGGCGAGCUGGCGCGGCUGUCGGCCACUCUGGAGGCGACACGUGGCGAGCUGCACCGGCUGGAGCAGAAGCUGCAGGAGGAGAGGAGCGGGUGGGAGGAGACAGUGGGGCAGCUGAAGAGGCGGGUGGAGGGGAUGGAGAGGGGGAAGCGCAUGCAGGAGGUGGCGUUGCAGGAGGCGAAGGGGGCGUGGCAGCAGGAGGUGGAGGGGCAGAAGAAGGCCGUUGCUGCCGCCCUGGCGGAUUUAGCUGCUGCACAGGCGGAGGUGGCGAAGGGGCGUAAUGAGCUGGCGGCGUACAAGGUGCGGGCAGCAGCGAUGCUGAAGAAGAAGCAGGAGGAGCUUGAAGCGGUGGGGAACGCCGAUGCUAUGGCGAGCAAGGAAGAGGCAAUCCACGAGGCGAAGCGGGCAGAGGCAGCAGCAGUGGCGGAGAGGGACAGAGCGCUUAAGGCUUUGGAGGAUGCUGCUGUGGACCAUGAGACGCAGAUGGCAGCGCGAAACGUGGCAUUGAUGGAAGCGGAAACGAAGAUACGGGAGCUGACGGGCAGGCUGGAGGCGGUGAGGCAGCAGAGCCGGGCAGCGCAGGAGGAGAUGCACGGGCGGAUGAUGGACCUGGAAGACGGGUGGCGCGAGAAGCUGCGGCAGCAGGAGGAGAAGCUAAAGGGGCAGACGGACAGCCAGACAGCAACUCUAGAGACAGAGUUGAGGAGAAGAGUGGAGUCCGGGGAGAGGGAGCAUUCAGCGUACAGAGAGAUGGCGGACAAGACUAUAGAGGCCAAGGAUAAGGCGAUUGAGGGGAAGGAUAAGGAGAUUGCGCGGCUCUCUGCUGAAGCUGCACGCCUGCAGGAGGCUCUGAUUGCUGCUCAGGCUGGUUCUGCUGCUGCUGGUGGCGCUGGUGCUGGUGCUGGUGCUGCUGCUGCUGCUGCUAGUGUGGCUGGUGGUGGUGCCAACAGUGGUGCCGGUGGUGGUGUUGCUGGUGCUGGUGGUGGUGGGGAGGGUGAUGGGGUAAAGCUUGCGGGGCUGGGUGCUGCUGGGAUGGAUGGAGCGGCCAGUCCCAGGAAACCAGCUCUCAUCUCGCCCGGUUCUCGGAUGUUGGAUCCAGGGUUCGCCAAAUCACCCUCAUCCGGCCUACCUCUCUCCCUCGAGGGGAUGGGGUUGGCAGACAACCCAGCAGAGAAGGCUGCGAUCGCAGAGCAACACAUACUGUUCCUUGCGCGGCAGCAAGCACAAAGGGAGGAGGAGGUAGCACAGUGCAGGCGGCACAUUCAGGCACUGCAGGAGGAGAUCACAGACUUGCAGAGGGAGAAUCAGCUGAGAGCCAAGCAGGAAUCUGUCUUGAAGGAGGAGCUGAGGAACAUGGAGAGAGCGCAGAAGAGAGAGACGGUGGACAUGACUUAUUUGAAGAACGUGAUUCUGCAGCUGCUUAUCAGAACAGACCAGAGGGCGACCCUCAUCCCUGUGAUCGGCAUGAUACUGCAGUUCAGCCCAGACGAGGUGAGCCUAGGCCGGCCGGCACUCCUUUAG